AUGGCGCAAUGCCUGCCCGUGGAGGAGGAAGGAAAUGGCCAGGAUAGAACAGGCCCGACAGAAUCGCCCUUUCUUCUACUACGAAACGGACGACUCCGGAAGGUCGGUAGCUGGAGCCCGCAUAGGAACCCCGACGCAUGCCCCGCUACGUUCAUCGAGCCUGGUGGGAACACAACACAACACCAGCACGCCAGUGAGCUCACAGACGAGCGUGACCUCUCGCUAACCGCGCCCGUACGAUCUGAGGAAGCCAUACAGCCAUCCACGCGGAUAGCAGGACAGGAGUGGCAGACGGCGCAUAAGAGACGACGCACUGUCGCGCGUCGAGCUCUCGCGGAAAGCUCCGCGAAUACUAGAAGAGUGAAGGUGACGACGAAUCGACAAUCGACCUCUCCCUAG